UGGAAAUCAAAUCAAAUCUCAAUUGUCUUUCGCAUUCUAGAAAAAUAAACCCUAAUUCGCAUCAAGAAUGGCUCGUACUAAGCAGACAGCGAGGAAAUCGACCGGAGGAAAGGCUCCAAGGAAGCAGCUGGCGACGAAGGCGGCGAGGAAGUCUGCGCCAGCGACUGGAGGAGUGAAGAAGCCACACAGGUUCAGGCCUGGGACGGUGGCUUUGAGAGAGAUCAGGAAAUACCAGAAGAGCACUGAGUUGUUGAUCAGGAAACUCCCCUUCCAGAGACUUGUGAGAGAAAUUGCGCAGGAUUUUAAGACGGAUCUGCGUUUCCAGAGCAGCGCCGUUGCAGCACUGCAGGAGGCGGCCGAGGCUUAUUUAGUGGGUCUGUUUGAAGAUACUAAUCUCUGUGCUAUUCAUGCCAAGCGUGUGACUAUUAUGCCUAAAGAUAUUCAGCUUGCGCGUAGAAUCAGGGGUGAGAGAGCCUAGAGGGUUAGAUUAUUGUCUGGAUCUUGAAUGUGUAGCAGAUCUACUAUCUAGUGCUUGUUUAAUUAGUUGUCAUACUCUUUAGGUUUUUCUAUCAAUGGAGGUUUUUGUACAUCUUUGAAGAUCUAAUGAAUGGUGAUUUGAACAUUUUGUCAA